UUUGUAUCUAUCUAUCUAUCUAUUUAUUUAUCUAUUUAUUUAUAAUCAUCUCUUUCAACAGCAAACGACUACUUUCUUUCUUUAUCAAAUAAAUAAAUAAAUAAAUAAAAAUGAGAGCUUAUAUUUAUGAUAAUCAAGAUCCUGCUGAUCAACGAGCACCUCAUGAUUUAGGCAUCGAAAAGACAAUUCAAGAUCUUGAAAGAAUAGGUGUUUUAUACUGGCGAAUUGAAGGACCUAAUGCAUUAGACAAGAUUGAUGAGAUUUCAAAAGAACGAAAUUAUAAAAAUCGAGAUACUAUUAUUGUUUCUCCUGAUGCGAUGGGUCCUAUUUACGAAGAAAAAGUAAAAUCAUUCUUUGCAGAGCAUCUUCAUGAAGAUGAAGAAAUUCGUUAUAUUUUAGAUGGUUCAGGCUAUUUUGAUGUACGUGACGAAAAAGAUAUUUGGAUCCGUAUCUUUAUGGAAAAGGGCGAUAUGAUUAUUUUGCCUGCUGGUAUUUAUCAUAGAUUCACAACAGAUGAAAAUAAUUAUAUCAAGGCUAUGAGAUUAUUUAAAGAAGAUCCUUUAUGGACUCCACUUGACCGAUCUGUUACUCAUAAUAAUCAAUGUCGAAAAAAUUACACUCAAAAUUAUAAUAUAACAACAACAGCUUAACUGCAUAUAUAGUUUAUUUAUUUAUUUGGACAUCUAUCAUAAUAAUAAUAAAGAAGGAAAAGAAAUCAGU